AUGGCUGGAGGCAAGAGGAGAUUGAAUUCGAGGAGAAACGGCGGCGGUGGCAGCGGCACCGACGGCAGUGGCAGCUUCAACCAGAGCAGCAGCGAGUCCGGUGGCGAUGGGUGCGGCGGAAGAAGAUGGAGGGGAGGAGGAUUCGACGCCUCAACAUCGAUCAGAGCCGGCCUCUCCGUCGAAGGGGGCGUCUUGUCGAACUGGCAUUACUCAACAUCUUGUCAAGACCUCGUCUUUGGCCCCUCGACGAGUUAUCACUGUUUCGGCUCCAAAACUUGGUACCUAAAUGCUUCUCUACUUCUUCCCUUUGAAGAACUCAAGAGCCUCGACUUGUCUUUCAACUAUUUAGGAGGGUGGAUUGCACCAGAAGAACCACACUUGCUAUCUUCAAGGCGGAGCAAACUAGAGGUGCUUGACUUGAGAGGGAACUUUAUGGAUCAUUAUAUUCUAUCCAUUCUCGAUACAAUUCCAUCUCUCCAACAUCUGAUCCUCAGAAAAAGUAAUUUGAGUGGGACUUUACAUGUGGAUGGUGCUUUUAGUAAUUUGAUGGAGUUGGAUAUGAGUUAUAACGCAAUUGAUGCAGUGGCUAUUGCUGAAGGUGGUUUCAAUAAUUUAAAGGAGUUGGGCAGAAGUGGUAAUCCAGUCAAUGUAGCGGCUAUUGCUGAAGGCAUAAAAAACUUGAGCCACUUAGAGAACCUCUACCUGGAUGAUGUCCACUUGAAGGAUGUGGGGACCAUCGUGCGAGCAUUAGGGGCACUAUCAUCCCUCAAGAUCCUUUCUCUCCAAGAUAAUACACUAGAAGGAACGAUUACUACUCAAGAUUUCCAUAACUUCAGUAAGUUGGAACAGCUCAUCUUGGAUCAUUCUUCGUUGAACACCACCAUGGGAAUCCUUUACAGCCUUGGUCCUUUGACAUCUCUUAGAUUGUUGUCCUCAUACAACACCGGUCUUAAUGACAAACUAUCAGAUCAGAGCUUGUGUAACCUCGUAAAACUAAAAGAGCUGGAUCUUAGCAGUAACAGAAUUACUGGAUUCAAAGUGACUUCUCUUGGCUUUCUCAAUCAUCAAUAUGACCUGAGAACCAUUGAUCUCUCCUCAAAUGACAUUCUGGGUCCCUUUCUAGCUUGGUUGUUGGAAAACAACACUAAGUUGGAAAACCUUUUUAUGGCAAAUAACUUAUUUGCAAUAGUUGAGGUUCCAUUGAUGACCCUUCGUAAUCUUUCGAUGAUGGACAUGUCCAACAACGACAUGAGAGGAGAGCUCACGACUGAAUUUUGUUUAAAUUUCCCAAAUCUGUCCAACCUUAAUCUAUCAGCCAACAAAUUAGAAGGGAAUAUUCCAUAUGAACUGCUUCCUAGAGUGAUUGCAAACAUGUCAAGGCUUGCGCUCCUUGACUUGUCCAAAAAUAAGCUAAAUGGCCUCAUCCCUCAAGGACUCUUUAAUCAUCCUCGUCUCGAGUAUUUGGCUUUGUCUGACAACAAUCUCUCUGGUUCAUUACCAUCAUCUUUCAUAGGACCGGAGUUGACACAUAUCCAUCUGAAUGGGAACAAAUUGAAUGGUUCAAUCGUGCAUCUGCUCCCUAACAGCUCCAAUUUGGUGACCUUGGAUUUGAGUGAAAAUGAGUUCUUUGGAAGCAUACCCUAUUGGCUAGGUAACCUCUCUCAAUUAAGCAUUCUUUUACUGAGAGGAUAUGCUGAUAAGGUAGCUUCAACAUGGUUAUCAUAUAUAGAAUCGCCAUCUAUUCCUUAUGUGAGCACAAUUAGAAGCCAUACCAGGUACGACCAUGAUAGAUUUCUAGUAAAGGAAGCAUGGCAAAUUCCACAUAUUGUUGGGUUCACGGCAAAAAGAAGAUUUUAUGCUUAUAAAGGCUACGCACUCCUUAACAUGGUAGGACUAGAUUUUUCUUGCAACCAAUUUAGCGGGGAGAUCCCACCAGAGAUUGCAAUCUCACAGGACAUGAUUGUGUUGAAUCUGUCACACAACAAGCUUACAGGACAUAUACCGAUGUCAUUGUCGAACCUCACACAGAUAGAGAGCAUUGACCUUUCCUACAACAACUUGACUAGUUCUAUCCCUGAAGAGCUCACUCGGUUGAAUUUUAUGGGAGUCUUCAAUGUGUCUUACAACAACUUGUCAGGAGCCAUACCAAACAAAAAUCAGUUUGGGUCAUUUGAUGAAAGCAGUUACUACGGAAACCAUCUUCUGUGUGGUUUGCUGUUGAGUAAUGAUUGUUCGACAACCAUUAAUGUUAAUUGCUCGGCAACAAAAUCACAUGGGAAAGCUAAAGAAGAUGGUUUCAUAGAUGGAGAGACAUUCUAUAUCAGCUUCGGAAUGUCAUACAUGACGGUUUUACUAGAUGGUUUGCAUCCAGUAUCGACGUUCGGAGAUACAAAUGGAGAAAAUAAAAUGGAAUUUUCUCAGCCCUUCAUUCUGUGUGGUUCAAAGGACAGCCAAAUUGUUGCUUAUGUAGAUGAAGGGCCAUCGUCAGUGGAUCAAGCAAAUAUCAGUUAUGAGUAUCAUUCAGAUUUUGUUCUGGGUGAUAGCUCACACAGAGGAUUGGGUUAUUGUAAUGAAUACGAUGCAGCUCCAACGGGAAUCGAAGCAUCAUCAGGGAAAAUGGAAAAUCAAGAAGAGUCACAGAGUGGCAUGUCAUCGCCUGAGCAGGAAGUGGAUUAUCGUGAGAGCUUUGACUCUGGAGCAGCUGAAAAGGGGGCUCAGCUUUUGUCAUAG